UGACAAAUUCUUUCUUCUUCGGUUUUCUUCUCCGCUCAAGACACUUCUUUUUCACUCUUUCAUUCGAUUCCCUCCUCCCCAACUCAGAUCUCGAUCUCUCUCCAUUAAGAACCCUAAUUUCUUCUACCAUUUCCAAAUUCAACUCCAUGGAUACCAAAUUCUGGGUUACAUAAGCCCUAAUUAGUUGUUAAUCACACUUCAAUUCAUCUUACUCUGCAACAACAAUGGCUUCUUCAUCAUUUUUAUACAAAAGACAACAACAAACUCAACAAACAAAUGAAACCCCAAUCUCACCAAAAUUAUCAUCAAAUGCCCAAUCCAGAUCUAUCACAUCAUUCUUCACCCCAACUGGUUUAUUCAUACUCCUCACAUUGAUACUCGUUUUUGGUGUAUUCUUGAAUCCAUGGAUGAAUGAUACUCUGAUGCCCAGUGGUCUUUUUUCAAGGGGUUCUUCUGUAUCUAAGUGGAAAGAAUAUACAUUAUCUGAAGCUGUGAAUUUUGUUGGUGGGGGUAGAAAUGGUAGUGGGACUGGGACUGUGAUUGUUUGUGCUGUGAGUUCACCUUAUUUGCCAUUUUUGAGUAAUUGGUUGAUUAGUAUAAGUAGGUUUAAACAUCAAGAGAAAGUGUUAGUGAUUGCUGAAGAUUAUAAGACUUUGUUUUUAGUUAAUCAGAGAUGGCCUGGUCAUGCUGUUCUUAUUCCUCCUGCUCCUGAGAAUCAAUCUGCUCAUAAAUUUGGGUCUCAGGGAUUCUUCAAUUUUACGUCACGCAGACCUCGGCAUCUUUUACAUAUUUUGGAGCUUGGGUAUAAUGUUAUGUACAACGAUGUUGAUAUGGUCUGGUUGGCAGAUCCCUUUACAUAUCUUAAAGGGGAGCAUGAUGUAUACUUCACUGAUGACAUGACUGCGAUCAAACCGCUAGAUCACUCUAAUGCUCUGCCACCCCCUGGCAAGAAGGGGCGCACAUACAUUUGCAGCUGCAUGAUUUUCCUCAGGCCAACCCCUGGAGCCAAAUUAGUUAUGAAGAAAUGGAUCGAAGAACUUCAAGAUCAGCCAUGGUCCAAGAAAGCAAAGGCAAAUGACCAACCUGGGUUCAACUGGGCCUUGAAUAAAACUGCUGGACAGGUGGAUCUGUAUCUGCUCCCCCAGGCAGCAUUUCCAUCAGGAGGAUUAUAUUUCAAGAACAAAACUUGGGUGGAAGACACCAAAGGAAAACAUGCUAUCAUCCAUAACAAUUAUAUUGUUGGCUUUGAGAAGAAAAUACAGCGUUUCCGUGAUUUUGGACUCUGGCUUGUGGAUGAGCAUUCCAAUGAGUCCCCACUUGGUAAACUGUGAUGAAAGAAUGUGAGAACCAGGUUCACCUCCGUCAGGAAACCUAGCAAUUUUUGUUACCGAGUUGGUAGUGCAAUGGUUGAACGAUUAUUCUUGUUGCUUGCUGCUGUGGUGAAAAUACCGAAAGGGAACCAGUCAGUUGGAGCUUAACAACUCCAAUUUCCCAGAUCUUUUCUGAGAUGCAGUUCAAUGAAUCAUUGUAAAUGUUUCAGAAGUAUUACUUCCUUAUCUAGUAUUAAAGGUUCAUACGUAAUUCAAUCUUCCUCCACUGUUUUCCCUGAUUAAGAUGGUUAAUAGUUGUGCGGCACAUGAUUGCUAAUCCUGUAAUCCAGAUAGAAAAAGUAAUGUUCAAUCUCUUCUUUUUUUCUCUA